CGCCGGCUGGUCGCUUGGAGCCAGGUGCGCUGCCCGCUGCGCGUGGGCGUGGGAAAGGCGCCGCCGUCAUGUGACGUCGCCGGCGCUCGCACGAGCCCCCCUCCCCGCACCACAACAGCCCCCGUCAGACCACUCUCUCCAUAAUAAAAUCUGGCCUUCCCUCCUCUCCUUCUCUCUCUGCUGCCUCUCUGUGUUUGCGCGCCACAGAUUGCGAUUCUCUCCGCUGGCGCCGGGAUGCAAGUUUUGUAGUCUGAAGAAUUCACUGGCAGUGCACCUUGGCUUCCUCUGCUUCUUAUUGAUGAUCAACUGUCAGUGAACAUAACUAUACGGUUUUGUCUAUCACAGAGUUCAAGUACCUCCUGGGUCAAAAUUUUUAUACUGGAGCAAGACAGUAAUGGAUCGGGCAGACACAUCAGGCUUUGUUAGUGGUGGAUCAGAUGGUACUUCACUGCUGCUGAUAUUCUUUCACUUCGUCUACUCGACUGUGCACAUAUAAGAGAUCAGUAAAGUAAACCCCUGUUCUCACUCUGAAGAAAUACACUCUCUCCUCGUUGUUCUUCGUCCACCACCUUCACUGCAUUUUUCAAGUAGCCUAGAUGAAUAACGGUUUCGCGGGUGUCCUGCACCGUGGAAACCAGGCUCUCAUGGAUGAUCCUGCAGUGUCAAUUGGUUUCUCAUUGACGAGCUACACAACAGGCAGCCAUGGUGGUCAGAGUCAGAUAACAUUUGGCACAGACCAGCUGGGUUCUGCAGUGAACAAGAGCAGCAGCCAUGGCCACAGAGGUUUUCAGAGGUCAAUUCAUGCGCCUGCUCAAGAUGAUGGAUGCAGGCUAGUCCUCGGGCUGGGUCCGACGCCGGAUCCAGACGUUAACUCUUCUGAUCAGCAGCAGCCUGCCGGAGCAGACAAGUCGAGACCACCUGUAACUUUGUUUGGCCAGAGCUUCUCCUUCGCUGAUCCAGGGGCGCUGAGCCUUGGGAUUCAUCAGGGUCGUCGUAGUGCUGGAGCAACCAAACACUUGGGCGUGCCUGCCGGAACCAUCAUCUCCUUCUCCACCGUUGACGAGGGCUCCACGUCCGCCAGGAGAAGCUCCGGCGGCUACAUGCCGUCUCUGCUCUUCGCGCCUCGGCCAAACUAUUCAAGAACCGAAGAGGAGCAGGGUUUGCUAGAUGAUGAAGACGACAGUAAUGAUGGUACUGAUCCCCGCGGUUUUCGGCUCAGCCCUGAACCUUCGGCAUCCAUGACGGAGGCUUCUUUUGGUGGCGUGAGCUCUGAUGUCGUGACCGUCGUAAGCAAUCCUGGACAGCAGGCUCAACGCCGGCAUCCCAAGAAGUGCAGGUUCAAAGGGUGCUCCAAGGGCGCGCGAGGCGCGUCGGGCCUGUGCAUCGCUCACGGCGGCGGGCAGAGGUGCCAGAAGCCCGGGUGCCACAAGGGCGCCGAGAGCCGCACGGCCUACUGCAAGGCCCACGGCGGGGGACGCCGGUGCCUGCAGCUCGGCUGCACCAAGAGCGCGGAAGGGAAGACGGAUCACUGCAUCGCGCAUGGCGGCGGCCGACGGUGCGGCUACCCGGACUGCCCUAAAGCCGCGCGGGGCAAGUCCGGACGCUGCAUCAAGCACGGCGGCGGGAAGAGGUGCUCCGUCGAAGGCUGCAUCAGGAGCGCCGAGGGAAGGGUCGGGCUGUGCAUCUCUCACGGUGGCGGGCGGCGGUGCCAGUUCCCCGACUGCCGCAAAGGAGCGCAGGGGAGCACCCUGUACUGCAAGUCGCACGGCGGCGGGAAGCGGUGCGUCUUCGAGGGGUGCGGCAAGGGCGCCGAAGGCAGCACGCCGCUUUGCAAGGCGCACGGCGGCGGGAAGCGGUGCAUGUACGAGGGCGGCGGUGUGUGCCCCAAGAGCGUCCACGGCGGCACGGACUUCUGCGUGGCGCACGGCGGCGGGAAGCGGUGCGCGGUGCCCGGGUGCAGCAAGAGCGCGCGCGGGCGCACGGACCGCUGCGUGAAGCACGGCGGUGGCAAGCGGUGCAGGGUGGACGGGUGCGGCAAGAGCGCGCAAGGGAGCACCGAGUACUGCAAGGCCCACGGCGGCGGGAAGCGGUGCAACUUCGGCGGCGGCUGCGAGAAGUUCGCGCGCGGCCGGAGCGGGCUCUGCGCGGCGCACGGCACGCUGGUGGCCUCGCAGCAGCGCCGCGGCGGCGGCGGCGGCAGCAUGAUCGGGCCGGGCCUCUUCCACGGCAUCGUUCGGUCCGCCAGCGCGGCGAACAUGAACAGCGACUACUCGUCGUCGGGAGUGAGCACGGUGUCGGACUGCGACGGCUCGCCUGUGGCGGCGACGAGGAGGCAAGAGCUGAUCCCUCCCCAGGUGCUGGUUCCCCACUCCAUGAAAUCCUUGACGGCGGCAGCCGUGCAGCCAUCGGAGAAUAGCAGAGAGGGAGGGGUGGUCGCCGUCCCCGAGGGGAGGGUGCACGGCGGUGGUCUAUUAUCGUUGCUUGGCGGGAGCUUCAGGAACGUCGACGUCGACAAGCUCUGAUUGAAACGGCAGCGCUUGAGGCUCGAUUUCUACUUCUACAGCACCUUUUCUUAAAAAAAGACAGAUAAAAAUUGUCUUUUUCUGUUAUUUAUAGCUGUCAGAUUAUUGCCUGUGUAUAAAACAUUUUCUUGUCUGCAGAUCGAACUUGUAUGGUGAAAUUUAGGUUAAUUUUGUUUCCCUUGUGUCAUCAACAUCAAGGGUGAAGACAUGAAUUUGUUGUCGGGGCUUGUAUAUGGUUGGAUUAUUCGUAGCAGGCCCGAAAGCUUUUGGAAUGCGAAAGCUUUACUGCUGUAGUUGUUGUGAAUAAGAUCCAUGUGUAACAAUCAAACUUAUUGGUACACUGUGCUGAGUUAUCAGAUGAUGAUUCGCAGCAACACGUUUCGCUGCACAGAUGGUUAUGUGUUUACUGA